CCCGUCCCGCCGCGGCGGCGGAGGGUCGCGCAGUGCGGUGCCGAUGGUGCUCAUGCCGGAGCAGCGCUGCGAUGCGGAGGAGUGGAAGGCUGGGCGGCAGGCCGGCCGCCGGGAGCACAGGAGCGCUCUGCAUCUUUCUGAUGUAGAAAAUGGAACGAGUGAAAGAAGAAAGCCAGGAAAAUCACCUCCUGUUUCGCUGCAAACUCCUACCAGUGAAGUGGAACAUUUUGAUGAUGGAAAGAAAGUUGAUUUUGCUAGGACAAAGAGCAGUACAGAAAGUCCACUCCUGACAGUGGAAAGCAAGAAUGAUUCCAAAAUUGAAAGGAAAAAACAUAUCUCAAAUCAGCUGAAGGCAAAUGCACACUUUCAUAAGCUGUUUCUGGAUGUUUCCAUUGAUGAGCCACUAAAACAAAGUUUUACCUGUGCUCUCCAGAAAGAAAUUCUUUAUCAAGGAAAGCUGUUCCUUUCUGAAAACUGGAUUUGCUUCCAUUCCAAGGUUUUUGGUAAAGACACUAAGAUCAGCAUACCUGUGCUCUCAGUGACACUUCUGAAGAAAACCAAGACUGCCCUUCUUGUGCCAAAUGCUCUGAUCAUAGCAACAGUCACAGACAGAUAUAUGUUUGUCUCCUUACUCUCCAGAGAUACAACCUACAAGCUAUUAAAAUCUAUAUGUAGACAUCUUGAGGAUACGAGUAUGGGCAACAGUCCCAGUCCAUCUUCUGUUGAAAAUAGCUUCAGGGCUGAUCGUCCUACAACUCUGUCCCUGGAUUUCAAUGAAGACUAUUCUGAUCUGGAUGGAAUAGUACAGGAGCAGAGACAAGAGAUGGAGGAGUCCAGCAGCACAGGCUCACAGACCCCGGAGCUGGAACGCUUCCAAGAUUAUCGCGUUGUUGAGACACAGACUCACUUGAAAGUUUCAAAGACUGAAACAAAGUCUGUCCGUUCUGAUGCACGCAGUAAAUGGGCAUCUGAAGGAAAAGCCAGGAACUGCCUUCGAAAUGCAGGUCAUUCUGAACCUUUCAGAUUCUUUCACAAGGAUAAGUUACAGAAGCUCUUAUCUCUGAACCACAUACUUAUAUUUUAUGCAGUUCUUGUCUGUGUUUUAAUAUUUUCUACCUUCUACAUGAGAUACAAAAUCAAUGUCCUGGAAGAACGUCUUAUCUCCAUUGCAUCUUUUGAUUCACAUUUUAAGGAACAUCCAGCGCCCCAACGUUUGGAAUCUCACUUGCAAGUUAAUGCUGAUGCCUUCUGCGAUGAGUUAACCACUAAUCUUAUGAAAUUGGAAAAGCUCUAGUUUCGUUCUCCUGUCUCCUAUCUGAUGAAGAAAAGAACCCAUGGGAGGUUGCAGGAGACACCUGUAAGCGAUAUCGGCUUGGUUUCAGUUGCUCAGCUAAGCAUUCUGCUGACUGAUCAUAUCUGGAUGCUUCUUUGACUCUUGUCAUUUAAUGUGAAUACUCUCACUUAGUACGAAUACCACUGGUAUAAAUAGCUGUGACAGAAUUAAGAAGCACACAGAGAAUAUAUUGAAGAAUGUCUUGAUUUUCUUAAAAAUGUAGUACAACACUUUCUGUUUCCCAAUCAUUUUUAUCUCUUUUUCUAAGAUACAGAAUAACUUACAGGAACUGCUUGAAGAUGGUGAAUGAAAUGUUUAUGUUCUUGGACUGCUUCAGACUUCAUUCAUCUUGCUUGACAAACAGAUUCAAAGGAGCUCUGCUGGACGGAGUUCAAGCUUCUUUAUUUUCAGUCCAAGCCAAGGUUAAACUGGUGAUGCUCAUGUCACAACUCAGAAAGUCAUGUUAUUGUUUAACUGUGUUUGUCUGCAUGUUUUGAAAAUAAGGUUUUUUUUUUUCCUUCUUUAUGGUGUGUGAAGUAGUUAAUGGAUUUUACAGUUUGUUUGAUUUUAGCUUUCCUUACACCAGUGCAAACCUGAAGCAACUCCUUUUACCUCAGCCUUCCUUUUCUGCCUCUCUUCAUGUACUUGUAAGUAAGCAUUUCAGACACGAUUCAUAUGCUGACAUGUUGUGUGAAUGAGCUGGUGUGUGUCUCACAGCUGUGGCUAUGGAUCAGGGCUGUGCUUUUUACUUUCUGUCCUAUCAUCCCAAAGAUUAAAACCAAACACCUCUGUGUUUGAUUCUGUGGAGUACUGAAUGUUUAAUGUGUGCUUAAGCUCUCAGGUGCUGUAAAAAGUCUCGAUUCCAUAUUCUGUGGCACUGGAUCACUGCUGAGCAUGAAGUCCAUUUCUACUGGGGAUUCAUUUUACGUCAAAGUCGAGCUUGAAAUAUGUGUGAACUUGCCAACUCACCAUUAAAUUGCUUGUGAAUAGCAUUAUGGGUAUGACAUGUCUGUCUGGAAAACCGUUUUUUCUAUCUGCUCUGUCUCUGUCCUUUAAGUUAAUUCAUCAGUGUGAAGAUCUCAGCUAGCUUUCCUUAGAGCUGCAUAGAGCCUUGGUUAGCCAAGCAAGUACAUUUCAUAUUCCAAUUUAUAUAAGUCUAGUCCUGAUAUGGAACAGAUAUUUCCAAAUAAUAGAAACUGACAAAUUACUGAAAUUAUUUUUAUUGCCACGUUCUUAACUGAAAGAAAAGGUGGACAUCUGCUUUGUUACAUCACAAUAUUUUUUCACCUUACCUAGUAGGAUAACUGUUUUGGAUUUUUUUUAGCUUUCUGAUUCACAGAGCAGACUGGUUCAUCUGAAAAAGCAAUAUUUAGGAUAAUGACAACUUGUGUAUGCAAUAUUACUGUUUAUAUAUGCUCUGCAUUUUAUAACCAUUUCUGUGAAAUGCACCUUACUUUGUUUAAAUAAACUUUUUUGAAACAAGCAA